GUGCGCAUGCGCCAAUUUCCAGGAAGCGUUAACAUUUUUUUUCUUUCACCAGCUGAUAGCCAAAUUGUCAACAGUUAAGUCAGCGCUACCCGCACGGCUGAAACGACACUAUACACGGCCAAACACGACUAGAACAGAGGUCAAGACGUCGUCAGUGACACGUGACUCUCGGUCUGUUUUGGGAAGCAGCACAAGUGACCAAAAGCACCUGUCUCCACUCAGGGAGGAGGCCCAGCCCCCCUGCUGUCUCUGGUCAGUAUGAGCUCCAGAGGGAGCGGAGGCCGCUCCAACGGCACACUAACGCAGACCAAGAUUUGCCAGUUCAAGUUGGUGCUGCUGGGGGACAUGGCUGUGGGCAAGUCCAGUCUGGUGCUGCGUUUUGUCAAAGGGCAGUUUGAUGAGUUCCAAGAGACCACUAUAGGAGCUGCAUUCCUGGCACAGUCGGUGUGUCUUGAUGAUACCACAGUGAAGUUUGAGAUCUGGGACACUGCAGGACAGGAGCGAUACCACAGCCUGGCUCCCAUGUACUAUCGUGGCGCUCAGGCUGCUAUUGUUGUCUUUGACAUCACCAAGCCGGAGACGUUUGAGAGAGCCAAGGCCUGGGUGAAGGAGCUGCAGAGGCAGGCCAGUCCUAACAUUGUUAUUGCCCUGGCUGGAAACAAGGCUGACCUGGCCGAGAAGAGACUGGUGGAGUAUGAGGAAGCCCAGACAUAUGCCGAAGACACUGGUUUGCUUUUUAUGGAAACCUCUGCAAAGACAGCCAUGAACGUCAAUGAGCUGUUCCUGGCCAUUGCAAAAAAGAUGCCAAAAACAGACACCCAAAACCCAACGCAUGCAGCCCGACAUCGGGGAGUCAACCUCCAGGACCCAGAUGCUCAUUCCACCCGAGCCUGCUGUGGAGGGAACUAGACUUCCACAACUCUCUACCACCUGUAUUCUACCAUCCACACCACCACAGCCCUACAACCAUCUCGUCUCUUUCAAUCAACUUACAGGGGGUGAGCCUUUACUCUGCAUUCAUCUUCCUGUUCAAGCAGAGAGAAUAAGAGGAGAGGAAGAACCAAAAAAGCAAGCAGAGAUGGAGGACAGAGACAACGUUUCACACGUGUCUGUUGACCAACAACUCUGAUUCCACAUUUGGAAAGACACGGUAUAGAGAAGACUGAGAUUAAGAGGAAUGUAGAAGAUGGUGGCAAGCCUGUUCUAGUAUUUAGCACUAAUUGUGAAAUUUCUUUCGUGUUCACUCUGCCUUGCAUCAUUUUCAGUCACGGCCCCGAUUGGCACAAACUGAGCAGCACAUGUUGCCGAGUGUCCCGAAAGGA